CCCCGAACAGCUUCCCCCCUGGGCUGCACAUCAGGCAACGCCAGCAACAGCAAUCGAACCCGCUCCCUGCUUGCGAGCCCCGCCAGCGAUGGCUGUCCAAUCGGGGACCAGUGAAGCAGACACGAAGGCACGUGCUGCUGUUGACGAUGAUACACCCACGCGGCAAAGCCGACCAGCGGGAUGACUUCUAGUGUGAAUGUCUGUCGCCAAAAACGGGAUUGAUUCACGGCACCCCCAAGAGUGUUUUCCUUUCCGCCGAUGCCCCCCCUGAGUGCGGCGGGAUUACAGGUCCACACGUGCCUUUGCUGCUGUUCAGCCUGUCGCACUUGCUGCGCGCCACGCCUCCUCUCCCCGACCCCACGAGAGUCACCCACCAUGCCAUCCACAGAGGCUUACCGACCGGGCCUCCUCUCCUCGCUACUACUCGGCACAGGAUCGCCAGCAGCAAUACCAGGCGCUAAGGACACACAGGCAAGGGUUGAGGAUGCUGAUGCUGUGAGUGGCACCGCAGAGCCGACGAGCACCAAGAAGAAGAAGAAGAGCAAGAAGAAAAGCCAGAGCACCGCUGGAAAGGAUGCAUCCUCGUCCCCUGCUGCUGAUUCUGGUGUCGACAAGGGGGAGUCGGCAGGGGAUGCGGGGGCGCUGCCGUCUGCUGCGGAUGAGGGUGUGGUGGCAGGCCUAGCGUCCCUGUUCUCUCCCACCAACCUCGAGAAGUUCAAGCGCCGGGAGAGGGCCGACAAGGAGGCAGACGCUGCAGAGGUUGCUCGAAUCACCAAGGAAGCGCGGGCAAGGGAGCGGAGGGAGGAGGAGGAGGCAGCCAACUCUGGCAAGAAGAAGAACAAGAAGGCCAAGAAGAGAGAAGAGGAAGAGCAGGAAAACAGGCGGAAGCUGGAAGCGGAGAAGCGGUUACAGAUCGCGGCGAAACGGACGGCCGCGCUCGCCGCCGCCGCUGAAGCCGUCCGAGCGGGCGGUUCAGCGAAAAAGGUGAACCAGUCGGCAUCUGAGGAACUAGAGGAGGACGAGGAAGAGGAGGACGAGGAAGAGGAGGACCAGGAAGAGGAGAAGGGGGAGGAAGAGGAGGACCAGGAAGAGGAAGAGGAGGAAGAAGAAGAGGAGGAGGAGGAGAGGGAUUCUGACAGCGAACCGGAGAGCGUGAUCGCUGGUCAGGGCGGGGAUAGCUCCGACGAGGACAUGGACGAUAUCGACGAGGGAGAGGAGAAGGGCAACGACGAGGACAACAACGGUGUCACAAAGGCAGCUGGCCGGGGUAAGGCCGAAGCGGAGGCGGGCGACACCGCGAAGGCGUCCGCGCCCAAAGAGGAGGGGGGUAACAACAACAAGGACGACGAGGAGAAAGAAUCGCGGACGGUGUUCGUGGGGAACUUGCCGACGAGCUUCACGCCCAAGAAGGUCAAGGCCGCCUUCAAGGAGUACGGCGCGGUGGAGUCGGUCCGGCUUCGCUCGGUCGCGGUGCAGGGGAUGGCGGUGGACAAGGCCGGGGAUCAGCAACUGGUGAGGAAGGUGUGCGUAAACAGGGGCAUGGUGGACGAGGAGGUGAAGAGCAGCGUCAACGCCUACGUGGUUUACAAGGACUGUGCUAGCGUGGAGAAGGCCCUGGCUGCCAACGGCACGGACGUGGGGGGCAAGCACGUCCGCGUGGACAGGGCCAAGAGCGGCGAGUACGACCACACUCGCUCGGUCUUCCUCGGUAACCUUCCCAUGGACGCAGGGGAGGAGGAGGUUCGAGAAUUGUUUGCGUCGAAGCUGGAGGGCGGGCCAAAGUCGGUGGAAGGGGUGAGGCUGGUUCGAGACAAGGCCACGUUGGUCGGGAAGGGCUUCGGAUACGUCCUGCUUGCCGACAGGGCCCUGGCUGCUGCGGCGUUAGCCCUCCAGGGUACGAAACUCAAAGGCCGGCCCCUUCGCGUGAUGCCGUGCGGCAAGAGGACCAAGGGGAGGGGCGGGGUCGCGAAGCCCGGGCUAGAGGACCACAAGUUCGCGAGCUUCGAAGGUAGGAGGACGACCGACGUCGGGGUGUUGCGCCGCCUGAAGCGCAAGCAGCAGGAGGGAGGCCGGGGGGGGGAGGCGGGCAAGACCAGCACCGCCGACAGCGGCAGGGACGGUGGGCGGGGUCGGGGUGGAAGGGGCGGCCGCGGCGGCGGCGGCGGCGGCGGCGGUAGCAGCGAGAGUGAUGGCAACGGCAAGGCAUUCAAGAAGCCCCGUUGGACCACGGAGGAUGGCGUUCGCGCGGGGAAGGCGGCCGGAGGGCGGGCUACCGCGCCGAUCCCGACGCCGGGAGGGAGGGGUCCCGGAGGGCGCGACUCGGCGGGUAGGGGUAGGGGGGGUAACCAUAGAUGUCGCCACACGAAAAUAGGUGGAGGAUAUCUCAAAGGCAUAUCAGGAGGAGAAAGGAAGAGAACCAGCAUAGGCUAUGAAAUUCUUGUUGAGCCUUCACUGCUACUACUUGAUGAGCCAACUUCAGGUCUUGAUUCCACCUCAGCAAACAAACUUCUUCUCACUCUUCAAGGACUAGCGAAGGCUGGAAGAACUAUAAUCACAACAAUUCACCAGCCAUCCAGCAGAAUCUUUAACAUGUUUGACAAACUUCUUCUGAUAUCAGAAGGCUCUCCUGUUUAUUAUGGGAAGGCUAGAGACACAGCAGAGUACUUUUCAUCCUUGAGGUUCGUCCCGGAAAUACCAAUGAAUCC